UGGCAAGAAAUGCUUCGCAUAGUUUCCACCGUCACAGGCUCUCCUUCCCACUCACACCCUGCUUCUAUUUAAAUCCCAGGCACCUCUCUCAACCACAUUCUCUCUUUAGCCAGCGCCCAGACCGUCAGCAGAGAAGAAACAGGUAGCAUGGCUCCCGGAGAACAAGAAAGGGAGGUGGGGCCAGCCAAGAGUGCCCUCCGGAAGGUACGCACAGCCACCCUGGUUAUCAACUUGGCCCGUGGUUGGCAGCAGUGGGCGAAUGAAAACAGCACCAAGCAGGCCCAGGAGCCUGCAGGCUGGCUGCCUGGAGCAACCAACGACCCACCCAACACUCCUAAGCCAGGGGCAUGCCCCAGUUCCCACCAGCAUGUCCCCAAACCUCCAUCUCCAAAGCCAGAUGGACAACACUCAGAAGAGGCCUCCGAGGUCUCCCACAUCAAAAGGAAAGAGGUGACCAGAACAGUUGUCAGUAAGGCUUAUGAGCGAGGAGGAGAUGUGAACUACCUGAGCCACAGGUACGAGAAUGACGGGGGUGUGUCUGAAGCUGUCCAGCCAGAGAAUGACAUUGACAGAAUCCUCCUCAGUCAUGACUCGCCAACACGGAGAAGGAAAUGCACCAACUUGGUAUCCGAGCUGACCAAAGGCUGGAAAGUGAUGGAGCAGGAAGAGCCCAAGUGGAAGAGUGACAGCCUGGACACAGAGGACAGUGGCUAUGGAGGGGACGUGGAGGAGAGACCUGAACAGGAUGCAGCACACGUGGCUGCUGCCAGGAUCAAACGCCCCUUGUCCUCCCAGGCGAACAGAUACACAGAGACACUCAACUGUAAGGCCCAGCGGAGAUACAGCCAAGUGGACAACUUGAAAGGGAGAUGGCAGCAGUGGGCAGAUGACCACAUACAGUCACAGAAGCUCAAUCCCUUCAGUGACGAAUUUGACUAUGACCUGGCCAUGUCCACUCGGCUACACAAGGGAGAUGAGGGCUAUGGCCGUCCCAAGGAGGGAAGCAAGACAGCCGAAAGGGCCAAGCGAGCCGAGGAACACAUCUACAGGGAAAUCAUGGAGUUGUGCUUUGUCAUCCGCACAAUGGCUCGCCACAGACGAGAUGGCAAGAUCCAGGUUACUUUCGGAGAACUCUUUGAUAGAUAUGUUCGGAUUUCAGAUAAAGUAGUGGGCAUCCUCAUGCGUGCCAGGAAACAUGGACUGGUGCACUUUGAAGGAGAGAUGCUAUGGCAAGGCAAAGAUGACCAUGUUGUGAUUACUCUCCUUGAAUAAGUCCUCAAGAAAUCAACCCACCACUGUUCUACUGUUAAUUAAAGGCAAGCUGCUCUGGAAUGUUAUCAAUAUUAAAUUAUUUUAUAUAAAUGGC